UAGCCAAUCGGUUCUUGAGUUCGCGCGAGUAUCGACCCGUGAGCUUCAAUAAUUGAACAGACGGCAGCGGUUUGUGGAGGCAGCGCAACCGAUAAUUUCAGGCCGGGCAGUAACCAUUCCAUCAUUUUUAGCACGUAGUCAGUUGUGCGCCUAUCCUGUGAGAUCACAUCGGCAUACAUUGUGAAGCACUUUUAGUAGUUCAAGUUAUAUCUGGAUUUUAAACUUUCUGGAAGAGGCGGGAAACAUAAUUGAUAACGUCAGAGCUAUGAAGGUGUGGGAACAAGGCGUUCUCCUGGUGGUGGUGGUUGUGGCAAGUGCAGCCGCGAUGAAAAUAGACCUAGCCAAAUUAAUAGACCAGCGCCAUCACAAGCAACAGGCGGCGAAAAGACUAGGUCCAAAUGGAGUUAUAUGGGGAACUGUACAUAUGAGUCUAUAUAAACAUUAUAACCCCUGUGACCUACUGGAGAAGCCGUUCCCCUGUAAAGAUGCAACCCAAUGUAUCCCCAUGAAGUUCGUCUGUGAUGACAACUACGACUGUGACGACGGCAGUGAUGAGGCGCGUGGUCUGUGCACAGCCAUCCGACGUCCCCCAGCAGACGACAUGAAAAAAUUCAUUACCAAAGAAAGAGCCUGGAUCCUGCCCCAUCUCCUCGGCAAUCAAAACGUGGAAAAAAUUGUGCAUUACCUGGCAGUCAGCCCAUCGAUAGAUGUUUUCAGAAGGCGCGUUGGACUUAACAGGGAGCAGUACAAAAACCUGCAACUUGCUUUGAAGGCAAUUCAAAACGGCGACGAAGAAGCACUGCAGAAGAUGGGAAUGCCUGAUAACGCCUGGGAAGAAACCAAGUUCAUGUUCGGCCGCUUGCUGAAGAGUGGUUUCUACUGAGGAGGACGACCGGAACCAACAGUACAAUAGGUGUACAGAUUCGACAUUACCCACCAUGUAGAGAGGUCACAACAAAGUGUAAUUUACUGUAGGAUUAUUUUCAGACUUAAACUUCUAACUUUUAUUAUACCCCAUUGCCGGAGUACAUUAUACGACACGAUUUGCCCGAUACAUUGUGGUAGCAUCAGUGGUGGAUAAAGGUGAAAAUAUUCCUAGCUCUUAUAAGUAGCCUUUAAAUACCAGUGUAUGGAGAAGAGUGCACUAAUGUUAAUGAUGUUAUGAGUCCGAUAUGUACUGUCAUUUCGUGUGAUUACGGUCAGCCAUUGCCCUGAGAGGGUCUGGACGCAUGAGAGAUUCUUGGGGGUAUCUUGAUCGGUUCACCUCAGUCAUUCCAAAAAUUUUCCAACGGAUACGGGGAACAUAUCGUAACAUUUAACAAAAUGAGAAUAAAAGUCUAUUUUAUUACCCAAAUCUGUCAGAUAUUUUAUUAAACGCCGUAUGUAAAUUUGCUUUGCCUUGUGACGAUACACAGCUAAUUACGUCAACAUCAAGGAUUCACCGAACUUUUUGAGGUUAAACCAUACGAGUGAUCCUCCUUAAUUAAAAUGUGUGACAUGGAACUCACCCCUGGCGAUAAAAAGAUAAAAUGAUUCGCGUGGAUAGAGAUCAAAUUAUCGCUUCGUUUUAUUACGAGUAAAACGGGUCUCAACAUAAUGAGAUCGAACAGCUUCAUGCAUAUCACAUUUCCCCGAACACGUAAAAUCCAUGCUGAAUUUUCUAACUCCUUUUACCGCCAGUGGUGCUGAUUUGAUUCCAAAAUGGCCAGAUUUGCCCGCCCUGUGCCAUUUUGGAAACAGAAUGACUAGCCUGUUCCAUAAAUCAAGUUUUCCGUUUCGCCUGUUCCCUCUGAUGUGCCAUCAUGCCGCUAGGGUAUCCAUGGACCCGUAUCCAUUGCUUUUGCGCCCAGCAGAAACAAACUGGCUUCAUCUGAGGCUUGAGUGCCCAGUGUUGCGUGGUGGCGACUUUGGGAACUAGCGAACGUUUUCCAUUUGGCCCUUCAGCUGACUGUGAUUACUUUGAGCCGGACGACGUGCUUGACCGAAAUACCUGUGUGUAUAUAGACAUGCUUAUAUUUAUAAAUUGUAUAGAUAUUAAUUCAGUUUCGUGUGCUAAAAAUAAUCCCAACGUGCACUUUACUCUUCUUGAAUUAAUUAUAUCACUCACGGAGAUGAAACAUGGAAAAGGGAGUUGAGUGAGAUCCUGCGAGGCGGCUGAACAGCGCCACCUAUAACAAAUGAUAGGCCGUAGGAUUCUGAGUGGUUCGGAUCAGUUUGGAUGACAUCACUGCCGUAAUUUAUGCACAGAGAGAAUUAAUUCUUGCAAAUUAUCUGGACAGAGCUAAACGGUCAUAAAUUUAACACAUGUAUUCGCACAAUGUUCCACUACUCUCUGUAACACAUAAAUAAGAAUAAAAAUCGACGUGUUGGUUAUUUUGGAAUAAAGAUGUUAUUCUAGGGA